AUGAUUACGACUGACCCUACUAUAGACAGCCAGGUUAAGAAGCGAAUGCAGGCUAUGUUUUACGGGUGGUCUAUGGAGCUUAAAGAUGAGAAGGGCUACCAGAAGCUCGCCAAGUUGUACCAACAGAUGCCCCAACGAGCACGUAGAGUUCGAACCGAUGUAUCCCAUGCUCCUAGGGCGCAGCCUAAGUAUCUGUCAAAUGACCCUAAUGAUCUGGAAUCAGAUGAGGAAAAUGAUGAAGACGAUAGCGACAACAAUGGUCGCCGUGGUGGUCCCAGUAGUGGAAGAAGUCGUUCAAGAGGCAACGAUUAUGAUAGAUAUGCUGAUGACGACGAUGAUAAUGACCGGGUUGUAUCUUCGUCUGCCCGUGUACGUGGUGCUGCUAGUGGGGGCUCUCCAUCUUUGACAACAUCAUCGUCAUCCAAGCCAAGCAAGAGUAACAAGAAGAGUUCUUCGCAACCUCAACCACCGGUCGUUCUUAGUCUCGCAAAAGAGAGACCAAAAAUUAAGGGAGUGCUUGCUGAGUCGGGUUCUGCUGCUACUAACCUCACUAAUGCGCUUAAACUCAUUAACAGAUUGGACGAGCUUUCCACGGAAAACAAGCGAGCCACCACCUGUUUCAACCAGUGUAGGUCUCUUAGACGUCAGGUUCUCCGUUAUAUCCACUCACUUGACUCCGAAGAAUAUAUCGGCCCUCUUAUCCAUGCCAACGAAGAGCUAGUCACUGCUCUGCAGCUCUACGACGAGAUGAGUCGUCCACCUUCGGACUCGGAUUCUGAAUACGACGACUGGAAAGUCGACUCCAGAGAUAAUCAGCAGCAGCCUCACCAACAGCACAACCGUUCAAGAAGUGGCGCCUCGACACCAACAAACAAUGCCAGCUACCACCCGAGCUUAUCGUCACCAAUAGACUCACCCAGCCGCCGUCGUGCUCCACCCCCUCCACCUGCCAAGCCCGCAAACCUUCGCAGCCCCGUCGCAUCGCCAUCUACCAGGGCUCCACCAGCUGCUCAACCUGCUGCCAUGUCCGAGGACGAAGAAGACCCCUUCGGCGACUCGCAUGCUGCCGACUCGGCUCCAAAACACACACCCAUGUGGUGA